GUAGCAGCAUGCACCCCGAAUGUUUAGCAUGCAAUGCACUGUUGCACUUCUCUGUAUAUAAUCUAAUAAAUGAAUUUCACAUUUGAGAAUACAUGGGUUAUACUUCAUGAAUCGCGUCAUAUCGCACGCACACACGCGCACGCACACAUCCACACGCAGUUUUAGAGAGGACAUAAAAACUAUUUUGUAUUUAAACAUUCACGAUGUGAUGUAUUUAGUUCAAACUCAUUAAGAAUAUAAGAAUUUAUCAAAUCAAUGCAUUCUUGCCAUUCUUAGUUAAUUCCGAUUUUGAUGGAUGUGAUAUUGGCGGGACUGCUGUAAGUAACAAGGGGCGUUGCCGUUCAGACUAUCAGCAGACUAUCAGCAGACUAUCAGCAGGACGCACGCUGCAAAUUAUAAAGGUAAAUAUCAUUUAAAUUAUCAGUUUAAAUCUGACAUACGAAUAUGGGGAAAUGUAACUUGCUUGAUCGUAAGAGAACAUGACAGGAUUAUAUAUAUCUAUGCUUCAUAAAUUCCUUUUUUAAUUGAUCAUAUACAACUUGUCAACAAAGCAGUGAUGACCUUCACAUCAUAAUCAAUUCAUAUGUAUAAAUACGAUUUCAUCACACUCACUUUUAUCUUCAUCAUUUGGUUCUAUUAAUUCAAUCAUAAAUUAUAUUUAUCAAUUAAUUAAUCAUUUUUUCUUAAUUGGAUUUUGAUUUUUGUUUAGCCUUGUUGUAUAGAGUAAUGUUCCAUGUAUAAAUACAUUCUCUACUUGAACCAUAUGUUCACAAAAAUUUUUUCUUGAUUUUUAUAUUUAAUAUUAACCAUAGAAUAUUUUAUAUAGGUCAGUGUGGCAAAUACCUGAUGGGAAAGGUUUUUAGUGCGUAAAAAUAUCACCUGUAAGGCAUUAUAACGCGUUCCUUCACCCAGUGAGUCCAAGUGCAGUCACUUUUAAAUAAUUUAAAUAUCUCUUUACUAAAAUUGUACUAAUCUAAAAGAAACCAUUUAAAAAAUAUCAAAUCAGUUUGUAUAAAAUGUACAGUCACAUCCAAAAUAGAUUACUAACCCACACAAAAGUACACGAAGCAUAUCCCAUUUGCCUUUUGAAAGAAUACAUCUAAUAAAUCUCCAUUUGAAGUAUCUUAAUUUUUAGUAAAUACCCAGGUGAGAGGUGAACAACGAUGACGAAGAUGUUAUGGAUUUUCAUUCACAUCUAAAAUUUUGAAUAUACCACCAUCCAGUGAUAAAAUGAUAUAUAUACCUCUGUUUUCUCUCUUGCGUCCAGCAACAUGCUGUCGCUUUCAUUUGAUUAUAAAAACGAAAAAUUGAAGCUAAAACAGAUACAUGUAUAUACAAUAUACCUUGCCAUCGGACAUCGGCCUCUUUGUUAGACUGAAUAAUUUCACAAUGCUUUUCAUUUGGGUUAAAAUGGCGGAAUGGGGAGAGUAUAUAUCUGUUUCUUUACCUUCAAGUUCAGUCUUAGAAAUUGUAUCAAUUCAUUCGUCGUUGAUUUUGAAAUCUUCAUUACGGAUUUAUUUCCCAAAGAAAAUAAAUAUGCCACCCAGGUAAGGAAUAUUUUGAUAUUUCAAUGCUAAAGAAUAUUAUGUCAAUAAAACUUGGGGGUGUUUAGAAUUCCCACUGUGUAAAGGAGCGAACAGUAAACACCAGUAAAUAUGUCAGUCUGAUUAUAAACAUUUUUCACGGUAGCUUAAAUAAUGAAAAUCUUUAAUUCAAAGAAAAGAAACUCACAUAUUUAAAAUACUACACAAUGCAAAGUAUUAAAUCUAAAGUAUAUAUUUUUCCAUUAGCUAUCUUAUUUUACAACUGAGGUGUGAAAAUGGGGAUUAUAAAAAAUGUAUGACGCGAAUCCUUGCUUGCUACCUGUAUUUGUAUCAUAUCCACGCUUUAUAAAAAACAAUAUCCACACUGAACAGAACGAGGUUAAUUUGACAUGUAGUACCGGUAGAGGGGAUUAUAGCCAGUUGUUAUGUGUGGAGUAUGGAUCUAACUGCCUCUCCCUCUAACAGCGACGGAUAAAGGACAGUAUGGAGCUGAGAACGAGUAUCUGAUGUAAUGAUGGAAACAAGGAUUAUUGUAACAAAUUUGCUAUUGACUUUGAUAGUGAAAACUUCCACACUAUGCCAACAGGCUAUCGUGCUCCAAGAUGAUACUCUAGAAUUCAUCAGUACGCCAGGGUUCACGGAGGGACACAACUACCCCACAAAUACCCUAUGCACAUGGGACAUCUCUACUUAUCACGGGAAGAUUGAAAUGCGGUUCCUGUCGUUUGAUGUGGAGAGUGACACGACCUGUAAGUGGGACUACGUCAAAGUCCAUUCAGGUCCAUGUGGAGGGACCAAUGGCAUAAAGUACUGCGGCACUACACUCCCCCCACACGUGGUCUCAGACUCCGGGAAAGUCUGCGUGGUAUUCUACUCUGACCCCAUUCUGACUAGACCUGGGUUCAAAGCGCAGCUGAUCCACAUCGGGAAUCCGAAGGGCAGUACCGAACACACAAAUGUGGAUAUAUCUUCCGUCUCAACAUCUCCUUACGAUGUGCUAUUAACAUCACUUCCGUUAAAAUCAACGUCACUUCCGGUUACAUCAACCAAAUCGCCUUCUUCAAGAGAGAGUGACUUUGUUACAAUCGUUGAUUCUUCUCUCAGUCAUACCAGCAGUUCUAGUUCUAGUAUAGUGACAAACAUGAAGAUUGAAAUGUGUCAGCCACAUGUCUAUCAUAUUGAUUUAAAAGCAAAUGAGAAGCUCGCGGUGUUUUCCCCGGGAUUUCAGUCAGGCAACAAAUAUCCUGUGAACGUACAUUGUUCGGUUUCAAUAGCAACAACAAAACGCAGUAUUUUAAGGAUCCGUCUACAAACCUUGGAGAUGGAGUAUCAUCCCCAGUGUGUAUACGAUAGACUUGUUAUUCGGGAUGGCCCGUUACAUAUAUCACCUGUUAUUGUAUUCCUUUGCGGAAAACAUCAAUCAAAUGUCUACCUCUCUACCUCAAACUCCAUCUAUGUUGAGUUUCAUUCCGAUCAUAUAAUACCCGCAGCUGGGUUUGAAAUCCUUAUUGAUCAUGACCUCACAAGUACCACGGAUUUGCCUUCGUUGACCAUUCGUCGGAAUGGUAAGUCUGGUACAACAUCAGGCUCCUCAAUUACUACUCCAACCAGCCAAGCCAAUGUACAAUAUAUCACAUCAACAACAACAACAACUACCUCCAACUCAAACCAUUUAUUGACACAAUUAUUCACUCCAGUAGUCCCCAGCCAGACAACAUCGACAAAAAUAAAUCUAUCAACUAUUGUGGCAAAUGAUAACAAACUAAUCUCAAAUCCCUCGUCGUCGUCAUCAUCAUCAUCAUCAACAACUACUACAAGAACAAAAAUAGCAAAAACAACAAACAGUACAAUGGCAACCAGAAAAGCAACAGAAACAACAGGAUCAACGACAGCACUAACAUCAUCUUCACAUUUAAGAAAAACAACAGUAUCUUUACUUACAACAAUCAUUUCAUCACCUCAAACCCUAUUUACAAAGUCAUCAUUAAUAUCAUCAAAGAACAAAACACCAAAAACAACAACCACGACAACACCAUCAUCCCUGACAACAACAAAUACAUUAGCCCCACCACUUCCGACAACUCCAACUUUGAAAAUGUCCUCCUCACCAUCCGACGCGGCAUCAACAGAAAUUUUAACAAUGACUCCCAUGAAAUCUUUAAAACCAACACACUCCUCUAUAUUAGGAAUGUUGACAUCAAAGGCAAUUGUUUUCUCGACACCGUCAUCAAUGGAAACGAUGAAAACAACAUCAUCAACAGUGGAAGCAACACAAAAAACGGUGACGACAACAACAACAGUUUCUAAGGCUGCAUCUAGUGAUAAAUCGACAACCAUUCAGUCUAAAACUAUCUCAUCAAAUGUAUCCAGCGCGCCAAAUCAUGCAUUUCCAUCCCCAUUGCCAGCAGCACCAUCUAUAUCAACAACGACAAUAACAGCGAGAACAUUUUUUACCACAUCUGCUGAAUUGUCUACUAUGAAAACAUCAACAAUGCUUCAAUCUUCUAUGGCAUCCGGUGCAGCAACCCAGUCACCUUCAAUUCUUCCAAUGGAGUGCCUUGGAAUAGAGAAAGUUGUCUCCAAUUUAGGAAAACAUGUUAUCCAGUCGCCAGGACUUGACACGGAAAGUCUAUAUCCAGUUAACAUUCAGUGCUCCUGGGUUUUCAUCGCACGAGACAGCCAGGAAAUAAAAAUAAAUUUUGAAAAAUUCGAUGUCGAAUACGAGAAGAAUUGUAAACACGACAGUUUAACAAUGUACAAUGGAACGCAGAGAGAGAUGAUUAAGCAAUACUGUGGGAAUGAACUACCGGCGAAUUUCACAUUCCCAGGGACCCAGAUGCACCUGCUGUUUAAGUCAGAUCUAUUCGUACAGGGAAGCGGUUUUAUAUUAACAGUGGAUAUUGUGGAGAAACAAAACGAAAGAAAACCGUGUCUGCUCGAACAAAAGCGUUGUCUGGACGGUGUGUGUGUUCCUGCUGAAUGGUUCUGCGAUGGCGAGGUAGAUUGCCCCGACAAAAGCGACGAACAAGACUGCGGACAAUGCCAGUUUGAGGAAUUCAGGUGUAACAAUGGAGAAUGCUUAUCCUCGUACCGAAGGUGUGAUGGCCAGAUCGACUGUUCCGGACAAGAGGAUGAAACGGAUUGUAUUUUACUGACGGCAGAUUCAGAGUUACUUAUCAACUACAACAACAAGGAGCUCCCCGUUUGUAGAGAUGGAUGGGUAGGGGAUCUCGCAGACUUGAUUUGUUCAGAACUCUUCUUCAGCGAGGUUGAAAAAGUAUGGUUUGAAGCUACGAUCAAUUUGGUGCAUGUAGGGCUAAAAGAUUCCACAUUCCAUCAGACAGUUGUACCACGUGAUUUAUUCUCCAUAAUAACUUGGUGUCCAAGCAACGAGAAAGUACAUCUUAAAUGCAGAAAUGCAGAAUGUGGUCAAGUGAGCGAUGACCUUGUCCAACCCUACAUUCUGGGAGGCAGCUUAUCUUACAAUGGACAGUGGCCUUGGACAGUAGCUCUUAAGGUCGGGAACUCUUUUCUUUGUGGCGGCACUUUGAUUGCGGAUCAGUGGGUUGUCACCGCAGCUCACUGUGUGGAAUCUGUAUCAAAAACUCCCUAUUUGCUCUCGGCCCAUUUUGGCUCCCUGUCCCUCAGUCAGCGAGGUGGUACCUCCCGCCGAGUAGUGGAGGUCAUCAGGCAUCCUGACCAUGACUUCAUCUACAACGCGGACAUUGCCCUUCUUCAUCUGCAACGGGAAGUGAAAUCGACAAGAUUGAUCAGAAAAGCUUGUAUUCCUCGUCAAGUCCAGCAGUUGACUUCCGGUCUCAUUUGCUAUAUUUCUGGGUGGGGAGUGACAAGAAUAGAAGAUUACUUCACAACUGUGUUACCAGACAUGCUUAACCACGCCAAAAUCAAACUGUGGAGCGAUUCUAAAUGUAGGAUGGCUUACAGCACAAAGGUCAAGGACUCCAUGUUUUGUGCUGGCUAUGACUACGGGAAGAUAGAUGCAUGUAAGGGGGAUAGCGGAGGUCCUCUAGUCUGCAGAAUUCAGAACCACUGGACGUUGGUGGGAGUUACUACGUGGGGAGAAUCGCCCUGCGGACAGCUCCAUAAGCCGGGUGUUUACACUAGGGUGGGUUCCUUCAGGGAGUGGAUUGGAGACAUCACAGAGACAUCAGACGCUGUACAGUUAGCGUGUAAUUAUGAAUCUUACGGGGUUUGUGGACAAGUUGACCUUUCUAACUCCAUGUUUAUGUGGACUAGACAGUCGGGGGGUGUCACGGCAACAGGCAGACCAGCCAUAGACCACACCUUCCUCAACAUUUCAGGACAUUACCUGUACGCAGAAAUUCCUUUUAACGUAGAGAACGGACUGUCUCCGGCCGUCCUGCAACUUCCGGUACCCGAGCACAACACGACCUCGUGCUUAUCACUCAGUUACGUGUUUGAGAAACAAGAUGUCAUCAAAGUAAAGGUGUCAGUCCGCCUUCAAAACAACAAUGACGUUACGGAUUUGUGGUCUAUCUCAAAGGGCUUGUCCACUUGGAGCACUGCUAACAUUACUAUAGACGAGGGAGUAAGAGAGAUUAAUGUAACAGCCAUUCCACUUGUAUCCACUUACACCACUGGAGUUGCCAUUGAUGACGUCAUAUUAUUGAAAAACAGAUGCCAAGAUGAUAAACAUCUCUAUUGUGAUUUCAACGAUAACAACGGAUGUAAACUUUCUCAGGAAGACUCCAUUUUUCUUUGGAUUCACGUACAGAGCAACAACGGUGGCUAUAUGCAGUUUGAAGGAUCAAAUAAACCCCCAGGAGCAAAAGCAGUUUUAUAUCAACAACUAGGAAAAAUGGAAUCCCCAUACUGCCUAAAAUUUCGAUACAAAAUGUGUCAAGACGCCACUUUAUCUGUCCACACGUCUUUUACAUAUGGUGAUUACGUCAUCACAGGAAACGCUCUCUGGAGCCAAAGGCAUUCUUUGCAAGGCUGCUCUAGCUGGCAUCAGGCCUCUGUGUCAAUGACUUACAAACACUAUGAACACAGGGUAACAAUACAAGGGCUCGUCAACUCACAAUACAGUAGCCUGGGUUUGGACGAUUUUCAGAUUACCAUUGGCGAUUGCUUAUAACUCCAUUGAUGAAAGCUAAGCACUACUUCAACGGUGCAUGUAUUUCUUGUUUUUUGGAGUAAUUUUCUUCGUAAUAAGACCCUUCUCUUGCCUCGUUCACCCGAAUACACUUUGAAUUUUACUUCGGAUUAAUUUCGCUUCGUAACCGGGAGGUCGUGAGUUCGAACCCCGCUCGUGCCAUGGCUCUGUCAAACCUAAAACGUAAACAUGGAUAGCGAUUGCUCCUUCGCCAAACGCUCGUAGAGAAGUAAGAAUCACAGGUCUUUCGGAUAUGACCUUAAUACGGAGGCCCAGCGUCGCAACAUGCGUUGGCACGUUAAAUAACCGUCACUGAAACAGCCGUGAGUGCUAAGCAUAUCUAAAUUUGGGGGACUUAGUCUACAUCUGGUGACGUCUCAAUAUGUGAAAAAUCCUCGACGUGACGUGAACAACCAAUCCAAUACGACAGUUUCGAGAUAGGAGCUCUCCUGUGUAGGAGGUACAUUUAGUAGAACUUUGAGUGGGACAGAUUGAACCUACAGUCAGUGAGGAAGACGAUGAAAUGUAUUAAAAGCGGCUUCUCUUUAAAUAUGUAAACGUUGGAAAUACAAAAUACUAUCGAAAGAAUGUUUUACUAAAGUAGAAUUAUAAAAACAAUGUCAUAUUUGAAAGGAGCAUCCUGGAUAUGAUACCUACAAUCAACGAAAUUACGUGAUAUAACAAGAAUUCCAUGUAAUUAAUUACUCCCUGAAUACUUAUCUUUUACUUAGUUUGUGUAUCAGUUGAAUUCAAGUGACAAAACAGCGUAUGAGAAACAUACUGGGUACAUUUACUUAUGUAGUGAUGGAUAUUCGUCCCACUCCCGCGUGUAACAAGUUGUUUUGCGCCUUACCAUGUACGAGAGUUCUUCAAAGGGAAAUAACUCGAACGUAUCUCGAAACCGGAGUAUCGGAUUAAUUCAAUUAUCGUUAAAUGUUCACAGAUACAGAAUUCAAUUUUUAAUAUAAUUUUAUAUUUUUGCUAUCAUCAUUUUUGUAUAAAGUACCUUGAAUUUUACGGAGCCAUAAAACCCCACAUUGUAAAAUAUUGGCCUUGUGACUACUUUAACUCAGUUAAUUAUGAUGUCGCUGUCCAUUAUUACAUCUUACAUUAAGUCUACCCUUGGCUAUUUUCGUGAAAUAAUAGGAUACCGGUAGAAGUGAUCCGAGUUUGAUAAGGUGGAACUAAAUCUUUUUGAAAAUAAAUGGACGAAAACGCUUCGUCUGCUGUCGAAUGAAUGUACACUCCUAGAUAGGUAGUACAAGUUUGUUUUGUACUCAAUCAGCUUUACAAUGUUGUAUUCGGCGCGUCCGCGCGUCAAUCGUGGUCAGUGUUUUCCAGUAAAAUUUUAUGUGAUGAUAAACACUCAAAUGAGCUUUAUUGUCUUUACUUUUAAGCUUUAUCACUUGCUUUUAAUGGAAUUAGCUUACACGAAUAUUGAGUCCAAUCAAAGGUUCGAGGAAUGUUUGAAGCACUAAGAUUUUUUUAAAGUCAAUAAACUACAUGUAUAAUGAUACUUUGCAUCUUUUAGCUAUCGAUAUAUAUUUUGUCUUAAACUGAUUAUAUUUAUAUGCGAAAUCACAAUUUUAGGUGCGAGGAUACAUCACACGGUGGUUUCCACUUUUAUGACAAAUAUUUAUUUGCUGAAUAAUUAAAUGAAUAAGAGUUACUCCAGUGUCUGAUUAACAUAAGAAACUGGUCUUAUGUUAAUCAGCCGUCGGAUUGUUAUGUAUAUAAUUCAUACUGAAAUUGUUAAUGUAAUAUUUUUCAAUAUUUUACCUUAACUCUUGCCUGGGCCCAGUUGAAGCCAGACCCCCUUCGCUCCUUCAACACAAUUUCUCCAAAUGUCAUAUUAAAUCGAAACCGUGCAUAUAAGACUCUAGCUAGUACAUGUACUUGAUAUAUUCGCAAAGGUGUGAUACUUGCCAGUAUUUGCAAUACAUGUAUAUGAAAAUGGACUUUAGUUAUACAUUGACGCACAGUUCUUUAUAAUAAAUUUAUGUUAAACCACAGGAUCAUGCAAGCCCAACCCCAUUCCCACCUUAUUUUUUCUGAUCUGGGAUCAACACAUUUGUUUUCUUUUUAUUUAUGUUUUGUAAAUAUACAUUAAAGAUUUUCGUCUCUGUUACGUAUUAGUAAGGGUCUCGUUAUCAGUGAAUGCUAUUUUUUUUUUUUUUUUUUUUACAAAUCGCUGAAAACUUGAUUUGAAUACUAAUAUGUAGCAGAGACGAAGAAAUACAUUUUAGAUUAUCCUUAAUAUAUAUUUACAUUUCAAAAGUAACAAAAAAGUGUGUAAUCCCAGAUCACAAAAGGUUAGGGGGCAUGUUGCAUGAUACAUGCCCCAAAUGGCUAUAUAUAUAUAUAUAUAUAUAUAUAUAUAUAUAUAUAUAUAUAUAUAUAUACCUCUUGUGACCACACCACGUGCGACUUCUGAUAAAAUAUCGAGCCCGAAACGUACGAUUAAAAAUAAGCAAUAAAUUUUCUUCAGAAAAAUUGUGAAGCGCGGGCGCGCCGAAUACAAUUAGCUGUGCAAACAUAUUUCCCGAUAAUCCAUAAUUGAUCUUUCCCUGUGAACGAGGCAAUUAAACUUGAUCAGUUGGUACAUGUAGUCCUAUUUUAUUGAGACUGUGAAUGUCUCGAAAGAUUAUAAUUCUGCUAUCCACGGAAAUUGAACCACCACAUUAUGAUAAAAGAUGGUAAUUGAUUUUGCCCCCCCCCCCUUUGAAAAAGAGGCCAAGUGUUGUCCGCUCAAUAUCUGAAGAACUUUCUGUUUAGCAAACCUUGUUUUUCGGGUAACCCCUAAAGAGUAAAUGACUCUUUUUGAUUUUAAGGUCAAAGGUCAGGGUUAAACUAUUUUGAACAUAAAAUAUGUUGUUCAUUCAGUAUUUUAAGAACCCUUUGCUCUUAUAGACAUCAAAAUUUAAUUUGGUACAUUAGUACCAAUAAGGAGUAGACAACCCUUGAUUUUGAAGUCACAAGAUCAACGGUAAGGGUCAAGCUACUCCGAACAUGAGAAAAUAUUGUCUGCUAUCUUCAGAAACCAUCAAACGUGGUACGCUGGUACCCACUGCGGAGUACAUGACUCCGAUUGUUUUUGAGUUCUGAAGGUCAGGCUUGAUAGACAUAUGCAUCAAACUUAGUACACAAGUAUCCCCAAUUUUUCACUAUCAGUAUAGACAUUCUAUACCGGGGGGAUAUACAUGUAUAUUUCUUAUACAAUUCUUGGAUCGAGGCGAUUUUAAUCAAAACCAUUUGAGUAAAGCAAAAGGAUUUCUUUAAUUAGGUAUACUCGUGCCUGAUGAGAUUACCUGGUUGAAUUUAUUUUGCCUGACUUAUGCCAAACACUUUUAUUGAUUGACGAAUCAUGCUGACUACUUUAACUGCACGUGUCAAGAUACUGUUGAAUAUUGCACAAUCGUCAGUAUAUCAGAACUUGAACGAUUUUUAACUUGUUUAGAUAAUGCCAUCAUUUACACGUAUGUAUAUUUGUAGAUUUUUUUUUAUUACUACAUGUACAUUACAAAGCAGCAUUGAUAUUUGUUCAGAUAAUAAAGACUAUUUGUAUA